UCAGCUCGCCUUCCACCUGAGGGAGGAGUCACUGCGCGCGCCACACGCCACCGGGACGCGCGCUUGUACCAAACGUGUUUUACCUUUCCCCCCACUCGGGGAACAGAGGAGGUGAUUUUGGUGUGCACGUCGGAGAUUUGAGGAUUCGAGGUUUUAACAUAUUUUCACGAGGCCAGAUCCCACAAAAAAACCCCAAAAAAAACUGCGCCACCUGGAAGGAUCCUUCGCUCAGGUGCACAAGCUGCAGCCUGUUGAGCACCUCUGGACUGUUGCACAACGAGCACGCGAGGAGCCCGUCUGAGAGGUUUGUUCAGGUGUCGUAAUGGCAGAAGUUUCCCCCUGGCUGACGUGUCUUUGUGUUGAACUCCAGAUGGCUCCAGGAACAGCAGCCUGGUUCUCCUUGGAGACGUCGUCUUCCUCCACCCUGCAGCUCAUCCACAUGAGGCCAGGAGAGGUCCGAGUCUCCAGCAGACCCAACUGACCGAUCAUCUCCACGCCAGUCACAGAUGCAGAAAAGAGGCAUCAUGCCUGUGGCGCGCCAAAAAAUGAGGGUGUUCUGCGUGAUGAUGAUGUCGCUCAACAUCUUCGUCUGCGUCCUGGUGGGCGUGUCGUGGAACCUCGGGCUUGACAGAAGCGUUCGCCAGAGGGUUCCAGUCCAGCCUGCAAGGUUUUGGCACAAGCAGGAAGAGAGCAAAUCCUUCUGGAACAAGGAGCAGCAGCUCCUGGACUUCAUUCACAACCCCGUCGUCAAGUCGCCGAUGUCUGGCGAAUUUUCCGGCAAGCUGCCCGAUUGGCUGAAUGACACAGGGCCGCUAGACCCCUGUAAACCGGACUACAGGGUCCCCACGCAAAUCGUGGACUACAACUCCCUGCCGGAGCGCUUCCAGGAUUUCCUUCUGCACAUGCGCUGCAGAACGUACCCCAUGCUGAUAAACCAGCCCCGUGUUUGUGACGGGAAACCCUUCCUGCUGCUGGCGGUCAAGUCCCUGACCCCACAUUUUGACCGGCGGCAGGCCAUUCGCGAGACGUGGGGUCGGGCGGGCGUCUUAGCCAAUCGCACCGUGGCGACGGUGUUCCUGCUUGGCAGCACCUCGUCAGCGGACUACUUCCCAGACCUGCGGGGGAUGCUGGGCCACGAGGCGGAGCUUCACAGAGACCUCCUCCAAUGGGACUACAGGGACUCCUUCUACAACCUGACCCUGAAGGAGGUCCUCUUCCUGGAGUGGUUCGGCCAAAACUGCCCCCACGCCCAGUACGUCCUAAAGGGCGACGACGACGUCUUAAUCAACACGCUACGAGUUAUUGAGCUCCUUGAAGGCCUGGCGGAGAGCAAGGCCAAGAAUUUGUUCAUAGGCGACGUCAUCAGAGACGCCGGUCCACAUCGAGACCGGAAACUCAAGUAUUUUGUCCCAGAGAGUGUGUUUGUGGGGCCGUACCCGCCUUACGCAGGAGGCGGAGGAUAUCUGUACUCGGGGGAGUUGGCGCUACGCCUCUACAUCGCAUCUCAGCAGGUGGUCUUGUAUCCCAUCGACGAUGUCUACACGGGGAUGUGUCUGAGAAAACUAGGCCUGGCUCCUGAGAAGCACAGCGGCUUCAAGACUUUUGACAUCGAGGAGAAGUACAGGGACAACCCCUGCAUCUACCGGAGCCUGAUGCUGGUCCACAGCCGGACGCCUCAGGAGAUGUUGAGGAUCUGGUCCUGGAUUAUCCAACCGGAGCUGGACUGCCAGUGAACACCUUCAUUCAUCUUUUGUUAGCGCUGCUGAGUUUGAUUUCAACAACCUUUUUUAAAAUUAUGUUCAAUCCUCAAGUCCAAGCAGAACCUCCGAGUUCUCUAUUGUUAGCAAAAUAGCCUUUUAAAGUAAAGUCCAGAUUCUUGCAUGCAUGCCAACUGUGAACAAGCAAUUGUUAGUGUUAGCAUGUAAGCUCGCUAGCUUUUCGCAUGUUAGCCGGCUAAUGUUAGGGGUCGUGUCCACCAAAGUGAUUUUUUUCUCCCGAGGCCAGCGUAUUUUAAAGAUUACUUUCAAUGUUUGUAACGCUCCAUAUUCAAGCUAUGCUAAUAACGCUAGCAGCGUGACGAGGCGCUAAUUGCGUAUUCUGCUCGAACGCUGAACGUUUGGCGGGUUUUUUUUCCUGGUCGCCGGGAGUUGAAAAACGAUCUACUUUGGUUAAAAAACGCUGCGCUCCUCACUGUUUCUUUUUACCCAACCGUCCAAUCCCAGUGGAGGAGGGGCGGGACAAAUAGCCUACAACUAAGACGUGAUCAAAAGUGUUUUUAUUACGAGUCUGUUGUGGUCUUAGUUUGUAUGCGUUUAUAUUGUGGACUUUAUGGUGUCAUCAUGUCUGAAGAACUGGACCAAACACGUUUCCCCGUGUGGGAUAAUAAAGUUUAUCUGAAUCUGAAUGAAACGAGAUGUUCCCUCGGGCCACGUAACCCGUCGUCUCUCCAUCACUGGCUUCUUCCAGAGCAGGUACUCAACCUUGUGCCGACAUUUUUACUAGAAUACAUAUUUUCCCUCUUGCCUGUAGUGCUAUUUAUUCAUCUAGAUUGUUUUGGUGUGAGUUGUGUGGGAGAUAUCGGACGUAGAGAUGUCAGCCUGUUAUGUGAAUGUAUUGGGACUAGAUGUCACUCGGCUUGUGGUGCUCAAAGCACCAAAAAAUACUUAACAGCAACAUGUCUUUCCAGAAAUCAUGACCCGGUUACUCGAGAUAAACCACCGACCUUGUUGUGAGCAUGUAUAUUAUAUUGCGGACGAACAAACUAGACAACUCGUACCAAAAUAAUCUAGAUUACUAAAUAAAACUACAGGUAAGAGAUAAAACUUGUAUUUGUGAUUUUCAGGUGUACUGUCCCUUUAAGACGUGUCAUUGAGAGUCAAGACAGUUAUAAUUGUUAAAACCUACUGUGUAUAGAUGAUGUACUGUAUCUCCAUAUCCAUAAAAUAUAGCGUUAUCGCCCUUCAGAAUGGGCCACCUCUGCUUGUUUUUCAGGCACUUUUGUAUUUUAUAGCACGAAGCUAAAAUAAAACAAAAAGUGAGAUUUCUUUAGAGCUUUCAGAAAGAAGGUUUACAGAUAUGGAUUUCACUGGUGCAUAUAUUUGGUUACAGCUCUUCCAGGACUGAUGUAAGAUAAGAUAAAUCCCUUAUUGACCAAAGGAGAAACUCGGCUGCUAAAAUAAAAAUAAUAAAGUUAAAUAAAAUAAAGAUAAAAAAUAAAAGAAGUAUAUAAACUAAGAAUAAAAAUACAAACUAUGCAAGAUCAAUUAAACUCAAACUUACAAGGCAAGUGGUACAAAUACACACAGUACCUAUUACCAGUGUUGUACUUAAACUACUAUAUGACUAAGUGUUUGUCUGCAUUCAUAUAGAAGUAUGAUGUAGCACAUAAAACGGUAACAUAUUGACAUGAUAUAGUGUGAUAGAAUGUGGAACAGCAUAAUAUCGUAAUCAUGAGUGAUCAGAUAUAAUAUAAAGCGAAAUGUAGUAAUAUAGUACAACAUGAUAUAUAGUAUAGCAAAUGUAGUGUAGUAUAGAAAAUAUAUGUAGUAUAGUAUUAUAUAAAUAUGAUAUGUAUUUGUAUUUAGAGGUUGGUCCAAACAGAACCAGAGAGAUCGUGGACGAUGGGAGCUGAAAUCACAUUUGGUGGUAGUGUGUAAAGUAGAACUGUGGUAUUGUACUACUACUACUACUACUACAGUACUACUACUACUCUGAACCAUUAACCUCUGAACUGAUGAUCUCACAUUGAUUUCUGCUUAGCAACACAAAGACGACACAGAAAGACUUUGCUAAUUAGAAUUUUUACAUUCGUACGAUAACUGUGAAACGCUCAGUGUUCAUCGGUUUUAGCAUCCCAGCGGUUGCUGCUUUUUCUCAGCAUUCAUCCUGGGUAUUUGUGUUUGUAUACACGGUAUGCGUGUUUAAAUAAGAAGUUCAUCGAGUUGUGUUCAAAUAAUACAGAUUUUUCUGAGUCAAGUCUGUUUCUCUAUUGUUUUGGUCAUAAAUCUUUUCCAGAUAGUAAAAAAUGAACGAAAAAGCUCAUGUUUGUGUCUUGUAUGUGUUUUUGUCUUUUGAUAAAUAAAGUUUUGAUGAAGAUUAAAUAGAUUUAAUCCUA